AAGCCGUUUACGAUACUCGUACAGGGGGCGCUAAAACUAUUGUACUGGAUUUGCACAGAGAUGAAGAUGGUGGGAAGUUAUCAAAAUUGGUGAAGGUAGCAAGCCCAAUUCUGUAAAAUGGAUGUACUGGUUAGCUUGAAGCAUGACGGGAAGCUUAGUGACUAUGUGAACAAGGCCUAUGCGGCCAAACAUUUGUGUGAUGUCAAGGUUGUGACAGGAGACCAGUCCACGUUUUACACACAUCGACUUGUCCUGUCUGCUUUCUCGGAGUUCUUCCAGCGGAAAAUCAGUGGACAGCAAGAAUCCCACAACAUGGUGAUUCCCAUUGAUGUGGACUCAGCUGUGUUCAAAGUAUUGAUGGAGUUCAUGUACACAGGCCAACUAUCAGUCACCACUGCCGAGAGGAUUGCACUCUAUCACGCUUCAGUGAUUCUAGAAAUGGACACUGCACAGGAACUCUUACAACAAGCCUACAUCUCCAGUGAUUGGCAUGGAAUGAUGACUAAUAAGGUCACCAAAAGUUCAGAAGAUAACGACCUCGAUGUCAAGGUUACAGAGGAAACAGAUGUUAGGGUCACCAUAUCUGACAUUCAAGAAGAAAAAACAUUGGAUGGCGCUACAACGAGCAAUAUAUCAGAAUUAACUACUACAAAAAAGAAAAGAGGAAGAAAGAAGAAGAAAAUUGAAAAUGAUGUUGUAGAACCAUUGGAAGGACAACAAGAAUUUGGGGGUGAGGCAUUGAUUGGGGAGGUGGUCGAGGCAGGGGAUAACAGGAUGAUGACUAGAAAUCGUGGAAGGAGAAGACCUGUAGUCAGCAACAAGGCCAAACAAAGCAAAAAGACAGGAAAGAAGGAUUCCACGGAAAGAAAGAAGAGAGAGGUCAGAGUAAAGAGAAGAGAAAGCAUCCCCAAAGUUCAAAAGGUCAUGAAGAUCUGGGUUCCAAAGAACGCCAAUGUUAAAUGUGAGAUCUGUGGAAAAUUUCUGCACUCUUUCUCUGCACUGAAGAAACAUUUGGUCAUCAAACACCAACAUUUUGCUCUUGGGUUUUCCCAAAGCCGUGCCAUAAUCAGCAAUAUUAUAAAGGGGUCAGGAACAAUGCGUUAUUGUACAUUAAUUGACCGACCUAAAAAAUUCAUGUGCACUCUGUGUUCUUGCAGCUUCCGCUUCUACAGCCUAUUCUACAGACACGUUCAGGAAACUCAUAUGCAGCUUUUCCAAGGAGACAGGCAGGGGGACUUUCUGAAGGUUGUCAAACACAUCCAGAAUAUGAAAUCCACACUGAAAGAAAGGAAAAAAAGCAAACAGAAGCCAGAAGCAAAGAGGGGCAGGAGAAUAGUGGCUAAUAAGGUGUAUGAGAAGUGCUGUUUCUGUCACGCUGUUCUCUCCAAGGGAAGAAUCUAUGCCAAUCAUCUUAUCAAGAAGCAUUAUCUGAGUUUUGAGAAAGCCAAAGAAUUUACAGGCUAUCCUAAGUACCGUCUGCAGCAGAAGUGGGAGUGCCCAGACUGUAACUUGACAUUUGUUGGCAAUAAGGCUCUGAAGAGUCACUUUGAAGGUGUGCAUCAACUUGACGACAUCAAGUACCCUUGUCCUGACUGUGACAGUUCUUACUCUUCUCUAGGUACAAUAAAAUCUCACUUACGAUGGGUCCAUAAGAAAACCAUAGCCGAGGUUCACGAAGCGUUGAAGAAUUCUGUGGUGUGUGAAGUCGCUGGGUGUGACUACGCCACAGGGAACAUGAUGACAAUGAAGCUACACGUGGUGAAGGAACAUCCAGAAAUCAAGUACAGGUGCACUGAGUGUAACUUCACCUUCCACGUGAAGAAGACGCUCAAUCGUCACAUGAUCGUCAAACAUCUCCGACGCUCCGAGCACCUGAAGAAGCAAUGUGAGCAGUGUGGACGGAGAUUCAGCAAGAACUCCCAGCUUCACGUGCACCAGUUUAUCAAACAUGGCAUUUAUCACAAGGACAUGAAGUUGUUCCGCUGUGAACAUGGCGGCUGUAACAAAGUCUGCAUGUCAAGCUCCAGUCUCAAGUCCCAUACGAGGCGUCACUCAAAUGACAAAAAUUACGAAUGUCCAUACUGUUCCCUCAAACUUAAGACUGAUGUGACACUGAAAAAACAUAUCAACAAGAUGCACCUUUGGAUCCGGCCUCACCUGUGUCAGGUGUGCGGUCAGCGGUUUGGGGAGGAUUCUGAGCUUCAAUCCCAUAUCAAGAACCGUCACUCUGCAGACAAAGAGUUUCAGUGUGACCACUGUCCCUACGCCACUGCCAACAAAGCUACGUUCUACACUCAUUUAUUCAUGGUCCACAAAGUGAAAGCAAAAGAAGACACACGUAAAGAGUUUCGCUGCCCUCACUGUGAGUUCACCACUUUGCUCGGACACAGGUUCAAAACCCAUCUUAAUGGACACAAAAACAUCCGGCAAUAUUCCUGUAACAUGUGUGAUAAGAAGUUUAUCUCCAGCUCCACCUUGCGGGCCCACAAACAGUGGACGCAUUCAGAAAAGAAAUAUGACUGUCCUCACUGUGGUUAUCAAACGAAGACGUCCCAGAAACUAAACGAACACAUCAGGAUACAGCACCAGCUCAAGGGCUUCAAGCCCUACAGGUGUCCCUAUUGUACCUUUACGUGUGCCACAGGCGGCAACACCCGGAAACACAUCAAGCAGAAGCACAAGGACAUGGAGGUGCGAUAUAUCAGAGACGAUAGUCUGCUGGAGGCGGCUCGCCUCGCCCGCAGAUCCGGAAACACCAUGUCCCUUAAUUAUAUUUCUGUCCAGAAGGACAUGGUUCCAGACGCACCGCCAGGGUUCGAGCUUCAGGAAUUCCAGUUAGCUGCCCAGCAACAAGAGUCUGGUCACCAGGGUAACCACCAAAUGGAGCUAGGGUCGGCGCCCUCUGUGGUGGAGGUCAGUAAUCUCCACACCCUGACUAAUGUAGCGGUGCACUCCGACCCAAUUACCGACCCCAAUCCACACACCCACCAGGGGAACCUUGUGUCUCAGGAGGUCAUGGUCGGUAACGAGAGCAUUGUGGUUCAUAACCAUGGCAACAUCAUCACCUUGGGCAACGUUCAUCAGCUGACUGAGGCUGACACAGUUGGGUAUUCAGCAGCCAUUGUAAACGCCAUCAACCAGUCAAUCCAACACUUGUAGACGUUUGGCUCUGUGAAAUGAUUCUGCUUAAAGAACUAUAUAUGAUAUGAGUCAAAUUUGGCCCCCAUAAUUCGCUAUUUUUUAAGUGGUUCAGGUACAUUAAUUUGUUGUGUUAUUUUAUAAAAGAGUUGACAUAAAAUAUGUUUUUCACCUAUUUAUUUGAUUCAUAUUCACUCACUGGCAGUAUAUUGUCAGAGGUGACGCUAUUUUUAUAAUUCAAUCAAAAUCAGUCAAAAAUUAACAUUUUUCUUAUCGUUUUUCGAAUAGGAAAAAUAGAGCGACUCUUUGAACAAGAACAAACUUUUUUGUCACCUUUAAGUAUUGGAGAGAUACAUCUUUGGUGAAAAUAUUUCGUUUGUUCAAGCAGUCGCUCAAUGUUUCCUUAAAAAAAACUGCCUCAAAACAAAGCGUUUUAUGCUAAAAAUGAGAAAAUGGUGGGAAAAGGUAAACUUUAUGAUGUCCUAUUUUUAAAUUGUAAGCAGUAAAAUCAAAAUGAAACUUACGAAAACACUUCAAAUGUAUAUUUGUACAAAUAAAACAAAGAAUUACAGUAAAAUGAGAAUGUUCAUUUAAGGGGGUCAUUUUAGGCUCAAACCAUAUAUAGUCCUUUGGGGGAAUUAUUUAGUUCUGUUAAUUGAAUUUGUUUUGUGAUUCGUUUUAUGGUAGUUUUUUGACUCUCUCCUUUACUGAUAUACAUGUAAUAUUGAUGUCCCAUUUCAUGAAUGCAUGACAUACGUACCUGUAUAUUAUUAGUACACUGUACAUGUACCGGUACAUCAUAAAGGUAGAUACAUGUACUGAUUUAUUAUUAGUAUGCUUUGAUAUCUAUUUAAAAUGGUAACAAAAUGUUCUCAUCAUUUUUAUGUUCAUUAUAACAAUUUUAUUAUAUUUGUUGACAGUAGAUUUAUAAAUUUAUUGAGAUGAUGUUAAGGAUGUUAUUUUGUGCUAAUAAUUUUUUGUGCCAUUUUUUUUAGAGUUGUUUGUUAAACUUCAAUAGCAAUUGCAACUUCUUAGGCCUUUCCAGCAGGCUCGGGAAAAACACUUCGAAUGUAUUACUUAAAUUAGAUUAAAUUAAACCCCCCCCCCCCCCCCUUUUUACAAAACAUAAAUACUACACACUUUACGGUCGAUGAAGAUUUGGGCCAGCCUUAAUUAAAGUCAAUGAUAUACACUCGAAUAUACCACAGAAACCACAUACAAAGCUGUGUAGCCAAUAUUUAUUUUCAUGGCAAGCGACUCCAUUUUGUAUAAGAUUCUAACAUCCGGUAAUGUAAAUACAUCCACGGUGUUUUUCCGAGCUCUGCUGCAAAGGCCGGAGAAGUUGCGAUGCUUCAGUAGCUCAGCUUUUAUCCAUCUCUCAGUACGCAUGUACUAAUUGUACAUGUAUUUAUACCACUCUAGGACCUGCCUCAUGAAAUGUUAUAUAUCUGUUCAGAAUUAUAUGCUGUAUUUGAUUUGAUAAUAUAAAAAUACUAUGGUACUAAUGAACUGCUGUAAGUAUAACAUAAAAUUAGUGACUAUUUUAUCACUUUAUUAUUUUGGAUGAUAUUGUUGUCAGUUAAAGGUUUUUUUGCUCAGCUGAGUGAGCUAUUCUGAUCACAUUUUGUCUGUCAUCGUCUGUCUGUCCAUCUGUCUGUAAACUUUUCACAUUUUCAACAUCUUCUCAAGAACCACUGGGCCAAUUUCAACCAAACUUGGCACAAAGCAUUCUUAGCCUAAGGUGAUUCAAAGUUGUGAAAAUUGAGGACCACGCCAUUUUGCAAAGGGAGAUAAUUAGGAAUUUAUAAAAAAUUUUGAGAAAUUUUUAAAAAUCUUCUUCUCAUGAACCAUAAGACCAGGAAAGCUAAAACAUGUGUGAAAGCAUCCUCAGGUAGUGUAGAUUCAAAGUUGUGAAAAUCAUGACCCCCAGGGGUAGGGUGGGGCCACAAUAGGGGGUCAAAGUUAACAGAUGAAUAUAUAGAGUAAAUCUUUUAAAAAUCUACUUCUCAGAAACUAAUCAGCCAGAUGAUUCUUUAUAAUUGUUAAAACUUUGGCCCCAGGACAAUUCUUUAGCCUCACAAGAAGGUUCAGAGUUUGAUGUAGGUUUAUUUCCCAUAUAUUAACUAUUGUUAAGGAUCUUUUUGAGAACUGCAAUACUCAACAUAUGCUAUGACUAUAAAAUCAUCCUGUUAGUAAAGGGACUAAUGAUUAUAAACAUAAGAAUACCCAGGGGGAAAAUGGAUUUUAUUUAUACAGGAUCUACAUGUAUUAUUGUACAUUGUCCAGAUAGUUUGUAUUAUGACUCCAUUAAGCUGAUUUUAUCAUACCUAUUGUUCCUCGGGUGAGCGAUGUGGCCCAUGGGCCUCUUUUUUUUUAUGAAAUCUAGACCCGCAUGAUUGAUGAAUCAUUUGACAAUAUCAAAUGCUGUUAGAGAAAACAUUACAAUGUAUUAAAAUGUUAUGAAAUCCCUC